AUGGCAAAGGCUUUAGAAAGACAGAGAUUAGAAAAGAUUCAACGAUUACAACAAAACCAAUCAACACCUUCUACUCAACCCAAGAUAGAAAUCUCUAAACCGAAGAUUGAACCAAAACUGGUUAUUCAACAAAAGAAAGAAAAGAAAGAACAAAAAAUUAUUGAGAAAAAAGAAAUUGAAAAGCAACAAUCAGAUGUACAAAAUGUUCAACGGUUAAAAGUUUUAUAUGACUCAUUAAUUAAUGAUUUUAGUUUGACACCAGAACUUAUCAAAAAAGGGAUGGUUGGAGCCACCUUAGAAAAUUCUGAUGAUAUUACUGUUGAUAUGGUAAUUGAAUGGUUAUGUCUAAAUAUUCCAUCUAGAUUAUUACCAAACAGUUUAGGAGGAACACUCAAUAAAGUAAAGAGUGAAAAACAAGAAAUUAAACAAGAAAUUAAACAAGAAAUAAAAAAGGAAAUAAUUAAAACACAAGAAAUUCAAGAAAAACAGAAAGAACAAGAAAUAGAAGAGGAAGAAGAUAUUGAUGCAUUACUUGAUAGAAAAGCUUUUAAAGAAGCAAUGGACUCUACAACAAAAAAGAAAAAGAAAACACCAGAAGAGAUGAGAGCAGAAGGAUUAAAAAGAAAAGCAGAAAUUGCUAGAUUAAGAGAAGAGGCAGAAAAAAGAAAGAAAGAAGAAGUUCAAGAAGACGAAGAAGAAAAUGAAUUAAAUUUUAAUUUUGAUGGUGAAAUUAAAGAAGAAGAAAAUGAACGAUGGAACAUCAUUUCAGCAGCAGAAGAUACAAAGUGGACAGGUAAGUUUCCAUCAGUAAUCAUUUGUGAUUAUUGUAGAAGACAAAAAUAUGAUAAUCCAAAAUACAAAGAUGAAAAAUGUAAAGAAGGAUAUCUUAUGAGUGCAUCAGUACAAUUAAACGAUAAAUCAAAAACAGUAUUACAUGCACGUAUUCCAGAAGAAAAUACUGCUUUUCUUGAAAAAGCUACAGCAAAGAAUUAUAUUGCAUUGAGACUAUUAUUUGAAAUGAAAGUACAAAGAAAUUUUAUUAAUAAUUUCUCGCCACGAUAUCAAGAAGUAUUUGAUAAUUGGACAAAUAAUUCACCGGAAGAAAUCACUAAAAACAGUAUUAUUUUAUUAGUAAAUCAAACGCCAAAAGGAGAAAAGAAAAAAGAAAAAGAAAUAGAACAACCAAGUAUUAAUAAAUUUACAUCAGAAAUACAAGCCAAAGAUAAAUUUUCAGAUGACUAUUAUUUUAAUGAAAUGAAUAAAGAAAUAAAUAGUUCACAUUAUCAAGAUAUGUUAGAAGGUAGAAAACAAUUACCAAUUUAUUCUAAUAAAGACCAUUUUAUUAAUCUUCUAAAUAAUAAUCAAAUAGUUGUAGUUUCAGGAACUACUGGUAGCGGUAAAAGUACACAAUUACCUCAAUUUGUUUUAGAAAGUGAAUUAUUAAAUAAACGAGGAAGUCAAACUAAAAUAUAUGUAACACAACCAAGAAGAAUUAGUGCAGUAGGAUUAUCUUCAAGAGUAAUAGAUGAAAGAGGAUCAAAUAAAUUUGUUGGACAUCAAAUUAGAUUUGAGAAAACAGGAGAUGAAAAAUUAGUAUAUUGUACAGUUGGUGUAAUGUUAAGAAAGGUUCUUGGUAAUCCAGAUUUAGAAGGAAUUAGUCAUUUAUUUAUUGAUGAAGUUCAUGAAAGAGAUAUUAAUACAGACUUUUUAUUAUUAUUGAUUAAAAAAUUAAUAACAAGAAAUAAAACAAUUAAAAUUAUUAUCAUGAGUGCUACAUUAGCUGUAGAACUUUUUGAACAAUAUUUUGGAAGUGCUUCAUGUUUAAGGAUUGAAAGUAAAAUUCAUCCAGUUCAAACAUUUUAUUUAGAUGAUGUUAUUUCAUUUACAAAUUAUUCAAUUGAUUCUAGUUCAGAAUAUUAUAAUUAUAAAUAUGAUGAUCUUCAAAAGAAAUUAAUUGGUGAUCAACUCAUUACUGUUGAUAUGAAUAAAGUUAAUAACAAAUCAAGUAAAACAGUAUCAGAUAUGAUUAAUCAAUCUACUGUAAAUUAUGAACUAAUAAUGGAUUUAUUACAUUAUCUUAUUACAAAUAAACCAAUAGGUUGUAUUUUAGUAUUUUUACCAGGUAUUUAUGAAAUUACUUCAUUACAAAAAGAAAUUAUUUCUACACCUCCUUUUAAUAAUUUAAAUAAAUUUAAAAUUCAUAUCCUUCACUCUUCUGUUCCUUUACAACAACAAAAAGAAGCUUUUUCAAUUGCCCCAAAUGGAAUAUGGAAAAUUGUAUUAUCUACAAAUAUUGCAGAAACAUCUAUUACUAUUCCUGAUGCUAAAUAUCUUAUUGAUACUGGUCUUGUAAGGAUUAUGUCAUAUGAUCGUUCAACAAAAAUGCAACGAUUAAUUCUUACAAAAAUCUCAAAGGCUAAUGCCCAACAAAGAACAGGAAGAGUUGGAAGAGUAUCUGCAGGAGAAUGCUAUAAAAUGUAUAGCCAAAAAAGAGAAAAUUCAUUUGAAACGUAUCCACAACCUGAAAUUAAAAGAUUACCAUUGGAAUCACUCUGUCUUCAAAUAUUAUUAUUUGGUGAAAAAAAUCCAGUUCAAUUUCUUGCUGAUGCUUUAGAUGCACCAAGUCAAACACAAAUUGAAAAGUCAUUACUUCAACUUGUUACUAUUAAGGCAGCAAAAAGAAUUAGUCACUUAGAUAUUUCUGGAGCAGUUAAAGAAUUUGAAUAUAGUGCAACACCAUUAGGAUCUGCAUUAGCAGCUCUUCCAGUUGAAGUCUCUAUAGGAAAGAUGCUAUUAUUAGGAUGUGCUUUUGGAAUUGCACAAGAAGCUACAUUAUUAGCGGCGUGUAUGUCAGUGCAGCCAUUAGUCAAUGGAGAAAAUGGAAGUAUUAUUAAGAGGAGGUAUUGUUCCGAUGCAUCAGAUCAUAUAGCAACAAUGAAAAUAGUAGAACAUUAUAUUGAAUUAGAAAGAAAAGGAAAUGGAAUACAAUUUUGUAAAAAUAAUAAUAUAAAUAUUAUUAUUGUUAAAGAAAUAUUGGAUACAAGAAAACAAUUUAUAGAGUUAUUAAAAAAUUAUAAUUAUCCAAUUCAAUCGAUUCAAUCAUCUUAUAAAAAAGAAUUAUUAUUAUUUAUUUUAACAUACGUAUUUUAUCCAAAUAUUAUUAUUCCUCAACAAAUUAUAGGAAAAACAUCAAUUGAAUAUGAGUAUUAUACGAAAAAACAUCAAGUAUUUAUGGGAGUAUCUUCUAUUAAUUCAAUGCCUAGAAUUGAUUUUAAAGAAAAUGUAUUUAUUUAUACUAAUAUGGUAAAAUCAAAUAAAAUAAUGGUGUGGGAAUGUUCAUUAAUUAAAAAAGUAUUUAUUGCUUUAAUAGCUACAUCGGUUGUUGUAAAUUAUAAACAGAAAACUAUUACAUUGGAUGGAUGGAUAACAAUUAAUUCGACUCCACUUUUUAUCGCACAACUAGUUCAAAUGAGAAAAGAAUUAAAGGAUGCAUUAGAUGAUGUUAUUAAUCAAAAGACUCAAUUGUCAAAAGAAUUUAUGAAUCAUUUGAUUGAAACAAAGUUAAAUUAA